CAUAUAUUUUUCGUCAUGUUGAAAAUUCUAUUUUGUUGUUUAGCUACUUUAGCAGUCUCACUUGGUCAACGAAGACAGUCGCAACUCUACUUUAGUGCCUAUGUAUUGUACACAAAAGAUAAUCCCAAGUCUGGUUUAAAAGUACUGGCAACCCCAGCGUCUGUCAUCCCUCUCCCAAUCAAUAAGUGGACAAAUUGCGCAAUCAUCGUGCAUGGGUACCAUGGCAAGGGAUCUAACGACAUGAACAUGGUUUUACGAGAUGCUUUUUUGACGGGUGGUAAAACUAACGUUAUUGUUGUGGAUUGGGCGGUGGCUGCUAGUAACCCACAAAUAGCACCCGAUGCCGUGCCUGCUAUUGGAGAGAAUAUAGCAGAAUUAGUAAAACACCUGGUCAUGUUUGGUAAAAUAUCUAAAGCGAAACUUCACCUUGUCGGAUUUGAUUUGGGUGCUCACGUGGUUGGAUGUGCUGGCAGACUUAUAAGAGACGUUGCUAGGAUUACCGGUCUCAACCCGGUCGGUGGUGAGCAAUGGAUGUUGAGCAGAAGCCAUCUCAGGUCUACCGAUGCUAAAUACGUUGAAGCAAUACAUACGGAAGUAUCUGAAAUCGGUCUUCCAGUUGCUGUAGGCGAAGUUGAUUUCUUUCCAAAUGGUGGCGUCAGACAACCAGGCUGUCAGAAUAUUGAAUGUAGCCAUAAUCGUGCCUGGCAGCUGUUUGCAGCUUCUCUCACUAACGGUCCCAUAAUGGGCUACAGAUGUAGUUCUGUUGAUGAGGCGUUGAACCUUCAGGGUCCCUGUACAGGAUAUGCUCUGCCUUUGGGCAAUAACGAUCUUGUAAAACUUGGAUCUGGCGUGUACAGUCUCUCGACUUCGGCAGUAUAUCCGUAUAGCAUAUCUGGAUAAUGCCCAUCCCUGCCUUAUACCAGCGUUUUAUAUGACAAAUGACCGCAAUCAUAAAUGAUGUAAUAAUGUGACAUAAGUCAAUUGGUGUUAUAUUAAACUGCUAUAUAAUUUAAACUUUCAAUAAAACAUCUUUGUUUGAUCGACAAAUCGUGUCGUGUUUAAUGUACCUACUCUAAUGAAUGAAA